AUUUGACUGACUACCCUGACACAAGCCUUUACAGAGCAGGGGUACGCCACCACCGACAGCAGCUUUUGAAAGAAGAAUGAGUUAACCGGCACCAGUCAUGGUGGUGACCCAUCUGGCACUGGAGCUGUGCUUCCAGGAGAAGAAGCUACGAGGCUUCACAUGCAAACUGACCCGCUCAGCUCAAGGCUUCCUCCCCGAGAGCUCCUGGAUCAUCGCCGCCCAGGUGCUGGUGCCGUAUCUGGUGUCUGGUCUGGGCAUGGUGGCGGCCGGGAUAGUCAUGGAUAUCGUGCAACACUGGGGGGUGUUUCAAGAGAUCUCUGAGGUUUUUAUCUUGGUCCCAGCCCUGGUGGGGCUGAAGGGGAAUCUGGAGAUGACGCUGGCAUCCAGACUGUCAACAGCGGCCAACACCGGGCAGCUGGAGGAGCCUCAGCAGCAGUGGAAGACAAUUUGCUGUAAUCUGGCUCUUAUUCAGGUCCAGGCCACAGUUGUAGGCUUCCUGGCGGCCGUGGCAGCAGUGAGUCUGGGCGGUGUGAGCAGAGGAAGAGUAGAUGUUCUUCAUGCUGCCAUCUUGUGUGUCAGCAGUGUCACCACCGCCUUCAUUGCUGCACUGUCUCUUGGUUUGGUGAUGGUGGCAGUGAUCGUGGGCUCCAGGAGAGUGGGCAUCAACCCAGAUAACAUAGCCACGCCCAUCGCUGCAAGCCUGGGCGACCUCAUCACUUUAUCUUUGCUUGCGGGGAUCAGCAGCUUCUUCCUGCUCUAUAGAGACAUGUGGUACCUGCCUCCUGCAGUGUGUGCCUUUUUCCUGCUUCUUGUGCCAGCGUGUGUGCUCAUCGCCCGCCAGUCACCACCGAUCAGAGAGGUCUUGAGGUCAGGCUGGCAGCCGGUUAUCUUGGCCAUGUCGGUCAGCAGCAUUGGCGGUCUGAUUCUGGACAAGACAGUGAGCGAUCCAAACUUUGAGGGCAUGGCGGUGUUCACACCAGUUAUCAAUGGCGUAGGGGGAAAUCUGGUAGCCAUUCAGGCCAGCAGGAUGUCUACCUACCUGCACUAUUGGAGCGUUCCUGGAGCUCUCCCAUUCAAAAUGGCCAUGAACUGUCCAGGACUCUGUGCUACCUUCUGCUCCCCAGAUGAGAAUUCCAAAUCUGCCAGAGUCCUUGUCUUGCUUGUAGUCCCUGGACACCUGCUGUUCCUGUACAUGAUCCACCUUCUACAGGCAGGACACACAGCCAUGACAGCCACCUUUAUCGUCUGCUACCUGUCUGCAGCUCUGCUUCAGGUGCUGAUUCUGCUGUACGCGGCCAACCUGAUGGUGAGGUGUCUGUGGCAAAGGGGCUUGGACCCGGACAACUUCUCCAUCCCCUACCUGACAGCUCUGGGUGACCUGUUGGGAACAGGUUUCUUGGCCCUGAGCUUCAGACUGAUAUGGAGGAUCAGCUUUUGAGAAACAUCGCUAAUGCCCAUGCAAGACUUGUGAGAUUUUACGACUGGUUUAACUGCGUUUUUAGGGUCUGUUGCUUGGAUAGCUUCUACUGCGGAUAUUAGCUGUAUUAGAAUGAAAAUAAAACCUAUUACCACUGUCUGCUUACCAGUUAACUGCCAGCUAUUCAGUUGUCAUGUAGCCUAUUUAAAUGUGAGGGUGUGUUAAUGAUGAAAGUGUUGAGCUAAAAGCAAAUAUCCCAUUAGUAGUUAACGAUCCACUGCAUAAGUUGCAACGUAGACAGAAUGAAUCAGGCCUGUUUCAUGUCAGUAGGCAGGCCAAAUGUAAAGAGUUGGUGGACAUAGUCACAUGGUUUGGGUCAACUGCAAGCUAUUGCUUUUCAAGUUUUUGUUUCUUUGGACUUUUCUGUGGACUAUCCUCUUCCACGUGGUCUUGAUACGCAUGUGUCAAAUCGUAGGAUUUUGCAUUAAGCCACCUUGACACUUGCAGGAAUUUUGACCCCCUCGGUGGUACGCAUGUUUGUGUGCCAGUGAGUACAUUUGUUGUACACCGCUGUGACGCAUGUGUAAAAUGAAGAAAAGAAAGUUUCGGUCAGAGUCAGACCUGGAAGGCAUUAUUGACGCUAACCAAGGCUCCACUGUCCUGACGCUAACCAAGGUUCCACUGUCCUGACACUAACCAAGGUUCCACUGUCCUGACACUAACCAAGGUUCCACUGU